AUGAAGAUGGAGGCAGUGGGAAAAGCAGAAGACCUUGUUGAUUCGGAAGUUCCACCAAAGACUUCUGAAAAGCAAGAGACUGCUCCUGAUGAAGACGGACCUAUAGAACUGGAGACACAAACUCAGAAAGACAACGUGCCCACUGCAGCAGACUCUGCGGUGCUCUCUUCAAUGCCUUGCUUACUGAUGGAACUGAGGCGAGACUCCUCAGAGUCUCAGCUAGCAUCUACAGAGAGCGAUAAGCCAACGGGUGGUCGAGUUUACGAGAGUGACUCUUCUAAUCAUUGCAUGCUUUCCCCUUCUUCCAGUGGGCAUUUGGCUGACUCAGAUACAUUGUCUUCCACAGAAGAGAAUGAGCCCUGCCAAGCUGAAGCUGCUGUAGAGGGAGACCCUUCUGCGGUGUCUGGGGUUGCAGUUGGGAGGAAAUCCAGGCGAUCCAGGUCCGAAAGUGAAACUUCAACAAUGGCUGCCAAGAAAAACCGACAGUCUAGUGAUAAGCAGAAUGGUCGAGUUACCAAGGUAAAAGGUCAUCGAAGCCAAAAGCACAAAGAAAGAAUCCGGCUCUUAAGACAGAAACGGGAGGCAGCUGCUCGCAAGAAGUACAACCUGCUGCAGGACAGCAGUACCAGUGAUAGUGACCUGACGUGUGACUCGAGCACGAGUUCAUCAGAUGAUGAUGAAGAGGUUUCAGGGAGCAGCAAGACAAUCACUGCCGAGAUACCAGAUGGACCUCCAGUUGUAGCUCAUUAUGAUAUAUCAGACACAAAUUCAGACCCAGAAGUGGUAAAUGUGGACAAUCUGUUGGCGGCUGCAGUAGUUCAAGAGCACAACAAUUCUUUAGGAAAUCAAGACUCGGGAUCUACCUGGAGAACCAGAGGGCUGCUAGAUGAACUGAGUGCUGAUACAGGUCAUUUGGAUCCAGGCUUCCUUGCAAGUGACAAAACCUCUUCUGGUAAUGCCCAAAUCAAUGAAGAAAUUAAUAUCGCCUCUUCUGAUAGCGAAGUAGAGAUUGUUGGAGUUCAAGAACAUGCCAGGUGCGUGCAUCCCAGGGGAGGUGUGAUUCAGAGUGUGUCUUCCUGGAAGCACGGCUCAGGCUCACAGUACAUUAACACUCAGCAAACACAAUCAUGGACAGCUGUGACUCCCCAGCAGAAUUGGUCUUCGCCCCCAGAAGUAGUAGACCUCACUUUGGAUGAGGAUACCAGGCGCAAAUAUCUACUGUAAUGCGGUGUCACUGUGUGUGUGUCCCCAACCCCUUCUCCCCUUUGUGGCACAGAAGUUCAUUGUUAAAGCUUCAGCUUCAGAAGCCCUGUUCCUGGCAUUACGAAACUCAAACUCAUGAAGUUUUUCAUUUCCAUCAGAAUGUAGUAUAAUUUCAGUAUCGUUUAAAAUGUUUUUGCCUUCUCAAAGGAGGAUUCCUCCCAGAAUUAAAAGCCAAUAGCUCCAGAUUUAAAACGCAUCUACAGUUACUAACUUGUGCGUGUGUUAAUCUGAAGAAAUAACUGUGUGCAAACUGAUGUCCUCCCACCCUUUGCCACCUCCAACUUCAGAACAUUUUUAAUUUAUCAGUAUAUUGAGUUUGUUAGUAGAAGUUAGUGUUUUGCUGUGUGAGCAUCAGUGAUUUUGAGAAAUGCUGUGUCCUCACUGAUUUCAGUGGAACUGGGGGUAUUCAACACUUCCGAAAAUUGGGCCAAGAGUAUUUGUACCCAAGCUGAUUUGGUUAUGUUACCAGCAGGAGGGACUGACUUUAAUACGAACGGCCCAUAACAUAUGCACUGAACAGCUUUUAAUUAAAGGAUUUUUAUUUUCAAUAUAAUUUAUAGUUUACACUCUUUUCAGUGCUGAGUCUUCUGUCUACUUGACUACUGUGUUUCACUGAUCAUUUCCCACAGCUUGUUACGGUUUAAAAUAGUAGUGACUUACUAGCAGCUGAUUAGUGCAAAAGCACAAGAAAAAGAAAAGUAAUAAAAAGGCCCAGCAUCCCUCUCCUUUUUAAACAUAGCUGAACUUUUUUACCUAUAUCCGAGUCUUGCCUGGAGUAGGAGAAGGAGAGAAACGAAACAUUUUGCUCGUAGUCCUCAUUUCUACUGUUGCUUAUUUGCUUCAUUGACCACGGCAAAAAAAAAACAAACCCCAACCCCAACCACCUUGCAAAGCCCCAGUCUGGCAAAGCACUUUAGCAGAUGCGUAGCGUUCAGCUCGGGCAGUUCGCUGAAACUUGUGGGGCCAUUCAAGUGCUUCAAAGUCUGUCCUAAAAGAUGUUGCAGGAUCAGGGCUUAAGGUUGUGAUCUUUUUGUUUGUUUGUUUGUUUUUAAACUAGAUCUGCACCAUUUUCCUGGCUUUAGGUCACGUCUCUUAUCCUAGUUUUGGAAUUGUUUUUAGGGUAUGAUCCAGGAAACACUUUCUACCGGAAUAUUUACCAAAAUCAGUGGAACUACUUACUUUAGCAGGCUGUAGUUUCUGUAGUGUAUAUGGAAAUUCCUGCCCCUCAUCUGUCAUUUUGAGCCUUUCUCAAGGCAAAAACCAAAGAUUAGACUUUAACAAGAUGAUAUUCACUUUAAAUGUCUAUUGUGCAAUUAAAAUGUUCUUUUGUAUUCAAAAUAUUUCUAGUGGGAAUUUUGUACAGCUCUAUCAUCAGAUUUUUUGCCAUUUAAGGCUGAACAGGGGGUAGUCAGGACACGGGAAGUUCUGUUUUCUUUUUGUGUUGGGUGGUUUCUGAGUUGAUUUGGCUUCCAAUAAUUUUAUCUGUGGGCAAAAAAAAAAAAA